GCUUUGUGAUCUCUUUCACCAUCCAACAUCUUUGUGCUGCUGACGACUCAACAACCACAUCCGGGUAACUGUGGUGACCUUGAUUGGCUGAUCAUCAUGGCGGCUAUCGUCAGGUUGAGUUCUGUGUGUCGCAGAGGAGUCAAACCUCUGUUCUAUCAAAGCACUUUGUUGGCCAGGCCGCUGGUUGUACCACACAAAUACCAGGAGCAGCCCUACCAGCUGACAGCAAGGAUUCAUGCGUCACAGGCUUUGUACGCGGGCUCUGGCUCCAAAGCCGCCUCCCUGCACUGGACAGCAGAGCGAGUGCUGAGCAUCCUGCUCCUGGCCAUGGGACCCGUGGCCUAUUUUAACCCCUGUCCUGUCAUUGACUACUCCCUGGCCGCUGCCCUGACCCUGCAUGGACACUGGGGUAUCGGCCAAGUGCUUACAGACUAUGUUCACGGGGACGCAAAGAUCAAGAUGGCCAAUGCCGGCCUCUUCCUCCUGUCCACGGUCACCUUCGCCGGUCUUUGCUACUUCAACUACAACGACGUGGGCAUUUGCAAAGCCAUUGCCCUGCUCUGGAGCAAAUGAAUAUAACUGUGGACUGGGAAGCUCGGGAGGACCUAGACGCUGGGAUGAGAGCACUCUCAUCAUGGCCGAUUGUAAAAAUUCAAGGUGUUCUAUGUAAAUUCUUAUAAAUAUAUCAUUUUUGACCAUAUUACAGUGAUUCACAAGUGUGUGAUUGUUAAUAAUGUCAACCAAUGAAGGCUUGGUCUCUGUAUUAAGUUCUUUCUCAACUUUUGGCAUCCAUUUUCUCUUGUGAAAUGUGGCAGAUUAGCUCCUGUUUGUGUUCAAUGUGAACUCAAUUGAAGCUACAUCACCAAUCAGAUUUUGAUCCUAAGCAAUAUGUCCACUUGUUCCCAUCAGAGAUAUCCAGUGUCUUGGCAUGUACCCGUUAUACUUGCUGAGGACAAAACAGCUGACUUCUAUAAAGUCUUAGGGACUAGAGCUGUUAGACAUAAUUUAUUUUUGCAUGUUGGGGUCGUUCUUGUGGCCAAUUUCGUAAAUGUGUUUUGUUUCGAUCACAAUGUGUACAUACCAUCUUUUUCUGAUGAACCCAUCAGGAAUAAUAGGGCAGCAGAACAGAUGUGAGCAGUGUUUGUAUGUUCACAUGACCCUCCACACUAACCGCAAUGUACAGAUGGCUCACAAGUUCCACUUAAUGUUUUUGUUUCUACAGCCUCACCGUGUCACUCAGCUUCAGUGUACUUGAGUUUCACUGUAUCUCGACUGAGAUGGUGCCCUUUCAAAGUCAGCAGUUUAAUUGUGAAACGUCUACCUGUCAGCCAAGUAUGCUAAUGCUGUGUUGUGAGCAGAGAGCAGCAGAGGCUGAGGGGAGUUAUAAGAGCAGAAUGCAUUUGCAUGUUUAACCCAGAAGAUCUGCUCUGCUGCUCUAUAGAAGGUUUGUUAAAGGUAAGGUAGGCCAGAUCUGAAGUGCAUCAUAAGUUCAAGCCAUCCAAUACUCAACCUACCUGUGCAUCUCCAGCAAAGUGGCUAAUAAAGUCUGGCUGUUUACAAACUUGUAAGCUAGCAGUGUUUAAUCCACAGCAGGGGCUGAAAUUAACAGCUGCGAAAUGCCGUCCUCUGCCAAUAAAAUAUCAAGACCGUAAUACUAACGCCUCUGACAUAUUGAGUUGUGUUGUACUUCAUGUAUGAAUUACAAACUCCUUUCAUUGUGUGAGUGAGCAAACAGCAAAUUUGAAAAAUGACAAAUUUUUGGAAAAAAAAUCUGCUUUUAUUUUGGCCAUAUAAAAAUUAAGUUUCAGGCAAUUUAUUACCUCAUGGCAAAUAAGGCAAAAAUGUAAUUUCAGGCACUGUUACUUCACCAAUGUAAGCCCGUUUGAUAAGAUGACUGGCUAAUAAAACUUGGAAAAUGUACUCAUAGUGUACAAUAUACUUGGUACACACACACGCUCUUGCAUGAAGCUAUUAAUGCCAGCAAUUAUUUUUGUCUCGCUGUACGAUCUGGAUUCAGUUUAUUGUUUCAAUGCUCCUACAGUAAACAUUAUACAGCUUACAAGUUUGGUGUUUGUCCGCUUCUUACAGUAAUUGUCAAUUUGUAAUUUCUGUUCAACAAAUGUCUUUUCAGAUUAUACGCACAAAAUGAGAUUUGUGGCAAGAAAAAUGUUCCUGCCUCAAUGGAAUAAAGUUGGCUUUACACAUGUUUUAAUAUUUUCACAUUUUAUGACCAAACAGUGCACACAAUAUAUAAUAGGAGUACAAAAGGUGUAUAAAAAUACCUAUAAACUGUAUUUU